AAUCAAAUAUACUGUCGCUAAAUCCUAUAAAAACAAAAAUCCCAAUUAUCAAAAUCCAACUCCACCGAUUCACCCAACGAAAAGAGAAACAAAACACACCCACAUAAUUCAUCUUUUUAGUCACUGCCAUUUUCCUUUCCCACAAUAUCUCCAUUGUCUAAAGCUCUUUUCUCCCUCUCUCUCUCUCUCUCUCUCUCUAUUUUUUAACUUCUAAUUUUCACUUUAAUUUUAUUUUCUUUUGAAAGAAUUUCAGAAACAAGAUGAGGCUAUUGAAAGUAGCUGCAUGUAAUUUGAAUCAAUGGUCUAUGGACUUCAAUUGUAACUUAAAUAACAUAAAAGAAUCGAUAACUAAAGCUAAAGAAGCUGGUGCUGUUAUCAGACUUGGUCCUGAGCUCGAAAUCACUGGUUAUAGCUGCGAAGAUCAUUUUUUGGAAAUUGAUACUGUCAAUCAUGCAUGGGAAUGCUUGAAGGAACUUCUACUUGGUGACUGGACUGAUGGAUUGUUGUGUAGUUUUGGGAUGCCUGUUCUUAAAGGAUCAGAACGUUAUAAUUGUCAAGUUUUAUGCUUGAAUAGAAAGGUUAUAAUGAUUCGUCCAAAAAUGUGGCUUGCUAAUGAUGGUAAUUAUAGAGAGCUAAGAUGGUUUACUGCUUGGAAGCAAAACGAACAGCUUGUGGAGUUUCAGCUACCAAGUGAUAUUUCCAAGGCUAUAAAUCAGAAUUCUGUGCCUUUUGGUUAUGGGUUUAUGCAGUUUUUAGAUACUGCUGUUGCUGCUGAAGUUUGUGAAGAACUUUUCACCCCUGUCCCUCCUCAUGCUGAGCUUGCUCUCAAUGGGGUUGAAAUAUUCAUGAAUGCAAGUGGAAGUCACCAUCAGUUGAGGAAGCUCGAUCUUCGUCUUCGUUCUUUCAUAGGCGCUACUAAUGCUCGAGGAGGGGUUUACAUGUACAGUAAUCACCAAGGAUGUGAUGGCGGUCGCCUUUAUUUUGAUGGAUGUUCUGGCGUUGUUGUAAAUGGAGAAGUGGUUGCUCAAGGAUCCCAAUUUUCUUUACGGGAUGUUGAGGUUGUGAUUGCUCAAGUGGAUCUGGAUGCGGUUGCUAGCCUAAGGGGUUCUAUAAGUAGUUUUCAAGAACAAGCGAGUUCCAAAUCCAAAGUAUCAUCAGUAGCAGUCCCUUACAAUCUUUGUCAGCCUUUUAACCUGCAAAUGUCCCUUUCCAGCCCUAUUAAGAUCAAUUAUCAUUCUCCUGAAGAGGAAAUAGCCUUUGGCCCUGGCUGCUGGCUGUGGGACUAUUUAAGAAGAAGUGGAGCUUCUGGAUUUUUGCUUCCUCUUUCUGGUGGAGCAGAUAGCUCCUCUGUGGCUGCUAUUGUUGGCUGCAUGUGCCAAAUGGUUGUAAAAGAGAUUGCGAAUGGGGAUGAACAAGUAAAAGCUGAUGCUGUACGAAUUGGACGUUACACCAAUGGGCAAUUUCCCACUGACAGUAAAGAAUUUGCAAGGCGCAUAUUCUAUACCAUAUAUAUGGGGUCUGAAAACAGUUCUGAAUCCACAAGAAAACGAGCAAAGGUUCUUGCAAACGAGAUUGGUUCAUGGCACCUUGAUGUUCCAAUAGAUGGUGUUGUUUCUGCAUUUCUGUCCUUGUUUGAAAAAGUAACUGGCAAGCGACCACGUUAUAAGGUGGAUGGGGGUUCUAAUAUUGAGAACCUAGGUUUGCAGAACAUUCAAGCUCGAACAAGAAUGGUGCUAGCAUUUAUGUUAGCCUCACUCUUGCCUUGGGUUCACAAUAAGCCAGGAUUUUAUCUCGUCCUAGGAAGCUCUAAUGUGGAUGAAGGAUUGCGUGGAUAUCUGACAAAGUAUGAUUGUAGUGCAGCAGAUAUAAAUCCAAUUGGAAGUAUCAGUAAGCAGGAUCUUCGGGCAUUCCUGCGAUGGGCUGCCAUCCAUCUGGGUUACUCAUCCUUGGCAGAUGUUGAAGCAGCACCUCCAACGGCUGAGCUGGAGCCGAUACGUUCUGACUACAGUCAGCUUGAUGAAGUGGACAUGGGAAUGACAUACGAAGAACUCUCAGUUUAUGGAAGGUUGCGAAAAAUUUACCGCUGUGGUCCAGUCUCGAUGUUUAAGAAUCUCUGCUAUAGAUGGGGUUCGAGAUUAACUCCAUCGGAGGUUGCUGAGAAAGUGAAGCACUUCUUCAAGUACUAUUCAAUUAAUCGUCACAAAAUGACUGUCUUAACACCCUCUUAUCACGCCGAGAGUUAUUCACCAGAGGACAAUAGAUUCGAUCUUCGACAGUUUCUAUACAAUGUAAGAUGGCCCUAUCAAUUCCAAAAGAUUGAUGAAAUAGUUGAAGAGUUAGAUGGGGAGAGAGUUGCUCUCUCAGAAUCAAACGGGGUGUUGUCAAAUGGAGUAGGGAUGGGGGUUGUGGCAGCAGGUUCAGGUGAUCCCAAAGCUGGCUUUUAAAUUUACAAAGGGCACAAAAUAAACUUUGCAUCCCACAGAAUCAUGUCUCAAUAAAUUGUUUGCUGCAGUUCGUUGUAAUAAGCUUCGCAUCUCAACUACUGUUGUCGUGUUAAUAAAAAUCUCAUGUAUCUCACCGAAGUUGAUAAAAAGUAAUUUGGUUGCAUGUUUUUUUUGCGAAGCGUAUUCCUCUUUAUCUUUGUAUAGCGAAAGGCUUGGACACGUCAUAUCUCCCCUCCGGCAAUUGCAUUCAGCCCACCGGCCACUCCCAAGAGUAAUUGAGAAGAGAGCUCCUUCUGCUCUGGCUACUCGAUUUAUUUGCAUUUGCUUUCUACAUAGGGUGAACGACAAACACCCUCUAGUAUUUUGGAGGGUUAUACUAGUACUUCUGUGUUAUUAAUAUUAAAUAUAUUAUUGUCUCAUUCCAUUUUUAA